AUGGUCGCUCACGAUGGAGUGGCAACCACGUUGCCUCCCGACUCAACGACGCCUCCGCCUCAAUCGGAAAUCCCGGCGCCCCCAAUAGCGAAUCAUCGCUAUGGAACUGAUGACAAUAUUAAAAUUAUUCGAAUAGAAAAAACGACGGAGCCUUUGGGGGCUACUGUGAGAAAUGAGGGCGAAGCUGUGGUAAUUGGACGAGUUGUGCGGGGCGGAGCAGCGGAAAAGAGCGGCCUUCUUCAUGAGGGCGACGAAAUUCUUGAAGUGAAUGGAAUUGAAAUGCGCGGAAAAAGCGUGAAUGCUGUUUGUGAUAUUCUAAAGGACAUGGAAGGCUCCUUGACCAUCUUGGUGAUACCUGCGUCGCAGGCAAGGAUUCACAUGGCCAGAGACAUGGUUCUUCACGUGCGAGCCCUCUUUGAUUACGACCCAGAGGACGACAUGUACAUACCUUGUCGAGAGUUGGGCAUUAGUUUUAGGAAAGGCGAUGUCUUGCAUGUCAUCAGCCAAGAAGACUCCAACUGGUGGCAAGCAUAUAGGGAAGGAGAAGAGGAUCAAACCCUAGCCGGAUUGAUUCCAUCGCUCUCGUUCCAACACCAAAGAGAAACGAUGCGCUUGGCUGCCGAAGAGCGGAUAUCGAAGCCAAGCAAAAAAUCCAGCACCUCCACCCUCUUAUGUGGCACCACGUCGAAGAAGAAGAAGAAAAAGGGCGCUUACGACGAAGGCGGCUACCCGAUGUAUUCAAACGACGACUACGAUCCGGAGGAGAUACUCACGUACGAAGAAGUGUCGCUGUUCUACCCCAGAGCGGACAAAAAGCGGCCCAUCGUCUUAAUAGGGCCACCCGAUAUUGGACGACAUGAAUUGCGGCAAAGGCUGAUGGAGAAUUCUGAGCGAUUUGCUGCUGCCAUUCCUCGAGUGAUUGCAAACGUUACUCAUAAACUCAGAGCGGCAACAACCCAAAAGUGCAACUCAACACAGUGCUACCCAGGCCUAGACGAUAUUCUGGUUAAAAAAACGUUUAGGGCUAGUCUGGAUAUUGAGACUAUAUACUAA